ACGGCGCGUCGCGACUCGCCGCUCUUCUGUUUCCGGGCGCGCUUGCUUUUGGACGGUGCGGGCUCGCGUGGAAGGGAAAAAUAUAUAACUUACGUUCGAAAACGGGUCGUAAAAGUACAACUCUCAGAAUUCCCGGUGGGGAAAAAAAAAUAAAAGCGUUCUCGAAUUUCCGGCGCGGGAGAGUGCCAGAGAUCCAUCCGUGUUACCGUCGUCGCCUCACGUGUGGACAUGGCGAGGCUGCUGACCCGAGUGCUGGUGACCCUGGCAGUGACCUGGGCCUCGCUGCAGCUGACGGCGAGUGCCCCGGCGGAGCUGGGCGCCUCCGAGCCGGCGGCCCCUCAGCCCGGCCUUGAGGUGUCACUGGCGGACGGCGCAGACUCCGACAGGAGCUCGAGGGCCGUGGAGCACGUGAAGAGCGCCAAGUUCGGCAUCAAGAACUACCUCCUGGACCUCAUCUUCGGGAAGAUCAACCAGGCGAUCGACGCGAAGACCAGGUUCGUGGCGCAGCUGGACCGCCUCAACAUCGAGAAGAACAGGAACCUGCUGGCCUCGGACUGCGAGAGGGGCGGCGCGUCGGUGACGGCUUCGGCGGGUUUCGCCGGCUACCCCUCGGGCCCGGCACCGUCGUCCUCCGGCUCCGCGUCUGCAGGACUGUCUGCCGGCGCGGUGCAAGGACAGGGAUAUUUAGCUCAGGUGCAAGGACAGAACAGCCUUGCUCUAGGGCAAGGACAGAGCAAUCUAGCUUUUGGGCAAGCACAGAGCAGCCUGUCCCUGGGGCAAGGCUACCCCCAGCAGAUCCCUUGGGCGUCUCCCUCUUUGGGUGAUGCGCCAUCCUUCCAGACUUUCGGCGCGUGGCAAUGACACCUGCCCGUCCACUCUGAGGGAGUCCUGUAUGCCACCCAGUGUCGCGCCGACAUGGCCGGAGUCCACCAGAGUCAGCCAUGCCGCCGCCCGCAGUCGACAGCGCUCGAACCUCUUUGGCACGAAGCGCAGUUGUGCUCGUUUCACAAAGCGCAGCGGCGGUUGUGAUGACGUCACAAGACUGCGAGACACACCCACGCAAAGCGAUAAUCAAAAACUUUAAAAGACUUUAAUUUGGAGUAAUUUAAAAAAUAAAAGUCUGUAAAUAGUUAAGUAAAAACCUGUCUGUAAUCUAUAUUUAAAAGACUUUGCUAAUACUGAGCAAUUGUGAUUGAUGAUUAACUGUUUAAUAAAUAUGUUUAUAUUUUUUUUAUUUUUCACCUGCCGUUUUUUUUUUUGGCUUUUAUAACUUUUCUUAAAACAAGAAAUAAGCCCUAAAAAGUUUGAUACGCUUGCAUUUUAAGGUAGUGCUUAGGGCCUCAAAUCAUUAUAUUGCCACUCAGGAUCAUGACAGGCACAUUAACUGCAUCCACGUGACAACCUGUUCCAGGAGCCAAGGUCACAAACCACAUAUCAUACACACAUAAAUCACAGUCAAAACUUUAUUAUGCGCAUUCCUCUUACAUCAGGUUUCAAUUACAAAAAAAAAAUCCUUUUUUUCGUUUAUUAUCACAGCAAAAUAUUCUUUAAGAAAUACAGCAGUCAAGAUUAUUAUUUAUACCAGAGGUUCUUAAAAAUGCUUUUUGUUUGGGAAGGGAAGGGGGCAAAGUUAAUUUAUAAACUGUACUUUUUUUUUGUAAAUAUUGAAAAACUACUAAAUACUUUAUUACUUUGAGAUUUAAGUUAAAAUGUAAUUGAUGCAAAAUACCACUAAAAACUAAAAGGGUUUAAAUUUAGUGCCUAAAUUUAUAUUUUUAUUAUUUUUCCAUUAUAAUUUAUUCAUGUUCUGAUUUCUGUAGAUUGUGUACUGAAAAGUAUUGGAAACAAAAUAAUGUAUUAAAUUUAACUAAUAUACUUUACCCUGCUAAAAAAAACUUGUUUUCCUUGCUGAGCAAACUCUUUUGACAUUCAUACCUGUCACGGUUAAAUUAAAGCGCCUUGUUAUUAAAAACAGGGGGGUUGACUUUCUGGACGUUUGUAUUCCUGUGUCGAGUUGUUCAAAGCAGGCCUACUUAGCACAUAGAUUGAAUUGGGUGUGCUUAGCCAAAUCCACAAAAAAAAUUUAAGUUAUUCAUACCAACUGCCAACUACCUAAAUAUUAUGUACGUAAAGAUUUUGAUUGAUUGAAAAUAAAUUUGUUUCAUAUGUAUUUUUCUAAACGAUUUAUAUGUGAUAUUGCCACAAUUUGAAACAACCUUUUUUUAGGUUUUGAAUAUACCUUUGUUCUUUUAUUUUAUUGUGGUAAACAAUGUAAAUAUCCUUUGUGACAAUAAAGUACUUUCAAAAC